UUCCGAAAACAUGCAGGACACGACUGUCUCCAUUGGCAACGAGGAGAACAAACUUUGAGUUGCUGGCAACUUUGAGAAGAACAACAUGGGAGAUGCGGACUUCAGCAAAUACGAUUUAGCCCGUUUACAGGACGAAUUGGCGCAGGAGAGAGAGAUGAAAGAGAUGCUGCAGGAGUCUGUGUGUGAUCUGAGGAGCACCAUGACAGAGUUGGAGGAGACACUAAACAGUGUGAACCUUGAGGGUAACGAGUGGAAGACCAGGUACGACACACAGGUGGAGCUCAACGGCCAGCUGGAACGUCAGAUCACACUUGUUCACGAAAAAAUGGAGGACCUGCAGAGAAACCCCAUGGAUCGAUUAGCCUCAAUACGAUCCUAUUAUGAGGUCCCAGUGGAUGCACUGAGGCAGAGGCUGAAGGUCCUGACCAAUGAGAAGGCAGCGCUGCAGGGUCAGCUGUUAGACUGCAGACUGAAGAUUGAACAGGAGGGGAAGGCCUUUUAUAAAGCCAACGCUGUGAGGCGUGUGUAUCUGUCAGAAAUAGCUAAGGCGGCAAUACCAGGUCCAGCCACAGAGAGAGAGGGCGCCAGAGAGGCAGCAGUACCCCGUCCAGCCACACAGGGCACCAGAGAGCCAUAUGUGGAAAGGGAAGCAGACCAGUAAGCAGUCAGGAAGAGGAGGAGGAAGAGAGGAAGGAAGAGGAGGAGGAAGAGAGGGAGGAAGAGGAGGAGGAAGAGAGGAAGGAAGAGGAGGAGGAAGAGAGGAAGGAAGAGGAGGCGGAAGAG